GAGACCUUUCACUUUUCCGACAAAACACAACCCAGACAGCUCAGGCAAAUCGAAUCUUUUAGGCAAAUUUCCUGGGGCACAUACACACACUUACAUAUGUUUGUAUAUGUAUGUAUAUAUCUGCAUUAGAUAGACACAUUCUACUAUAUCUACCUAUAUAUCGUUGAAAGGAUGCUGCAAUUAAGCGUUUUCUUUGGUCUUUUGAUCCUGACGUCAGUUAUGGCUGAAAUCAAUUAUGAAAUAUUCGCUGAUUCUGAUUAUCCAAAUCAAUGCGUUUUACGGACACCUGAGAGAGGUGUGAAUGUAGUGAUUGAUAAUGGCCAAAGUCGGAGACAUCCAAGUAAAUGUUCUGAGAUUGUGUGUGGUCGUAAUGGUUGGGCUUUGGUUUAUAGCUGCAAUCCCAGGUCUCCGCCAGAUGGUUGUGAAUUUACUGAUUAUAUAAAUUUUAAUGCCAGUUAUCCCAAAUGUUGUAAACGUGCAUUGAAAUGUAAUGACGUCAAAUCAAACGAUUCCUAGUGGUGGUCGGCAAAUUAAAUAGAUCAAUUCAUAAAUACCUACUUAUUUAUGUAAAUUACUAGUUAAAUAUUGCAAAUCGUAAUAAAAUUUAAUAUUGUUUAUGUGCAGAAUAAA